CAUGUGACAGUAAUGUAGUAACGCGCGAGCGCGAGAGAGAAGCAGCGCGACAGCAGCGGGUUAAAUCCCACACUUUAUCACUUAACACGGAAAUACACACACACACACACCGUGCAGCAGACACACAGACACACUCACACACACACAUGCACACACACACACACACAUACACACACACACAUGCACACACACACACACACACACACGCACACACACAAGAAACGAAGUACUGGAAUCCACAGGUUCUGACCAGGAAUGGUGGAUCGUUUGUUAGUGGAUGAAGUAACGUUCCUGCCAUACGGUUCCUCCUUGCCAGUUCACCACCGGUCGGAGAUGGUGAGGGACGAGCGGGUCUACCAGGUGCUUUCCUCUCCGUUCUCUGAGGAUGAGCUGAGCGAUUCUUCCAGCUCGCGUUCCUGCUCCAGCCCCGAGUCUCAGGUCCUCAGCUCCAGGUGCAGCUCAAGCAGUGAGAGCCAAGAUGGCCUCCUGGACUUCCUUCUCUCUCACAGCCAAACAUCUUCCACCCCCAUGCUAACUCCUGCCAUGGUUCCUCCUGUCCUCCCCAUGGGUCUGGCCUGGGAGUCCCGCAGGGAUCGGACCACCAAAGAGGAGUGCUUUGAGUUUCCUGUAUUUCCUGGAGAUCUGGAGGAACAUGCAGGGCUUCUCUUUCAACCCACACUGGAGGAGAUUGAGGAGUUUCUGGAGGAGAACAUGGAGGUUGUAGCCUUUAAGGAGAAAGCUGAAACAACACAAGACACAUCAGAAACGAAGACACGAGACCAAACGGUGCCUGUCUCCAGUGUGACGGAGAUGACCGAGCUCAAGCCUAAGAAUGUCCAGUCUUCUGCUGGACUCACUACAGCUUCUCAGAUGGCGGUGAAGAAGGAGCUGCUCUCCGAGAAGGCAGUGACGACGGAGAGCUCAGGGACGCCAGUGUUCCUGCAGAUCCAGCCCAUUCCCAUCAAACAGGAAGCAAAUUCGAAUCUAACGCCCACGUCUCAGUCGCCGACUCCCACCUCGGACAUCAAACUCGCCCAGCUGCUGGUCAACAUCCAGGGGCAGACAUUUGCUCUGGUUCCUCAAGUGGUUCCACCAGCUAGCCUCAGCAGCACUUCCUCCAAGUUUGUCCGCAUCGCUCCUGUCCCCAUCGCAGCCAAACCUUCAGGACACGCGCAGAACGUGGGCAGCGGAACGCAGGGAGCAGGACUCCUCGUCGCGAGUCAGAAAUUCCAGAAGAGCUCAGUAGCUGAUCUGAUUAAAAUGCACAAGUGCACUUUUCCAGGCUGUGCCAAAAUGUACACCAAGAGCAGUCACCUGAAGGCUCACCUAAGGAGACACACGGGGGAGAAACCGUUUGCCUGCACAUGGCCAGGAUGCACCUGGAGGUUCUCGAGAUCAGAUGAGUUGUCCCGUCACAGACGCUCACACUCCGGAGUGAAACCGUAUCAGUGUCACGUCUGUGAGAAGAAAUUCGCCCGCAGUGAUCACCUGUCCAAACACGUCAAAGUCCACCGCUUUCCACGAAACAGCAGGACAACACGCUCUACACACUGACCGUGCAUAACCCUGUCUCACACACACACACACACACACACACACACACACAGAUGAGGAGAAGUUCUCAGUGGUGCUGUGAUAUUUAUUGGUGAUGAACUGAACUGUGUUACUUGACAGAACUUUAUCCCUGUAGAGAAGAUAUUGUAGAAUUCUUUUAGUUUGAAUAGUUGAUCAGUUUUUUGUUCAGUUUAUCAGCGACUGUCAUGUGACGGUUUAUGGAAAGUUUAUUUUUUACUCAGAGCUGUGACUCUUGAUGUGAUUGUUGAUGUUUCUGCCUAAAGGAUCUCUAAAGCAUUGACAUUCCUGAUCAUUAUAACGCAUUAUAACAUUUUCCAGACUGUAAUUCUGCAAAACCAAAAACACGAGCUCAUCUGAGCUACUGCUGAGAAUCAGGACUGUGUCGGUAUGAGAUAAAGGACAUGGAGCUAACAGCGCUUUAACGUCACACAGCAGCUUCACAUCAGCACAUCUGUACCUGUCAAAAGUGGGCGGAGCUUCUCAGGAAAGGUGUGCGGUAGGGACCUAGUGAUGAGGACGAUUAUUAAAAUAAAAUAAAAAAUUAUAUGAAAACA